UCAACACCUCCUCAACGCAUGCAAUCCGCCAUGGAACCCUCUCUCGACUUUCCCGACUCUACAGACUGGCUCGCCACGUCUCUCCCUUCCUUCGAACCCCUCGAAGCCGCUCUGCGCUGCGAGAUCUGCAAAGAGUUCUACGACACCCCCGUAAUUACCGCAUGUUCGCAUACGUUCUGCUCACGAUGUAUACGGCGAUGCGUUACGGUGGAUGGAAGAUGUCCGACAUGCAAGAAGGGCGUCCAUGCGGAUAAAUUGGUGCCGAAUUUUGUGGUGAGGGAGAUUGUCGAGAGGUAUCAAAGCGCGAGGCCAGCGGCGAUUGAGCUCGCGAGGAGAGAAGCUGAGGUUGCAUUUCCAAAGGAGGCUAGAAAGAAGAGGAAACUAGAUGAUACGGACAUAGAGGAGGAGGGAAAUGUUAGGCAGACAAGGUCGAGACAGACGAGGAAUCGGACUGGGCAUGGCGAAGGGGAAGGCACACCUAUUGAGAUUCUAGAUACUGAUGAUGAGGGCGACGAUGAGGAGUUUGCCCUCGAAGGGAUGGUUAGGUGUCCGAUUUGCAGGACGCCCAUGAAAGAAGAGCGGGUUUUUCCUCAUCUAAAUGAUUGUCCUGGGGAACAGAACGCGCGAUCGCGGACCAACAACACGCCUUCGAAUUCUUUUCUUCGCCCGCCGCAAAAGCAGGCUUCCCCAGCCCCGACCCGUCUACCGCAGCUUAACUACAAUCUACUAAAAGACCAAGCGUUGAGGAAGAAGAUCGGUGAUCUUGGCAUCCCAAAUUGGGGCACGAAACCCCUCCUAAUAGCGCGGCAUACUGAAUGGUUGCACCUCUGGAAUUCAAAUUGUGACUCGGUGCAUCCAAAAUCCAAAAGAGAACUAUUAAAAGAGCUCGACAUAUGGGAAAGAACGCAAGGCGGAAGCGCCGGCGCGCCGGAAGCAAAAGUCAUGAGGAAGGAUUUUGAUGGCAAAGGCCAUGCGAAACAGCAUGAAAACCAAUUCGCAGAUCUUAUUGCUGAAGCUCGAAAGAAGAGGACCGUAGUAACAACAUCAGAGGACCUGAAAGACGCGGCGCAGACUAGUGAUGGUACCGAGAGCGGUCGGCUUCAGAGCAAGGAACCGCAACCGACAAAUGAAAAGACGACACUGCUCGAAAGCAACGAAACGGCUUUAGUAAUUGUAGGCGAAAAGGUCGAUCAGUUUGAUCAAGGCGGGUCUGCAGUACCCUCACUAAGUCAAGAAACAUCUUCGGAGUCGAAUUCCAGCGGUGUGUCAAGGGCCGGGGCAAUAGAGACAGUGUGUGAGCCACCAAUGGGACUGGCAAAUCCUUUUGCUUCCCCGACGAGAAAGUUGCCAGUGUGUUCUCUACCCGAGGAUCCGAUUGUGGAUGUGGAUAGUUCGACGGCGGUACAGUAAUACCAUAUUCGGUUUCUACUUCAUUUUUCAAACUCCGAUUUCUGGUUCCUUGGUUCCUUUGGAAAGGAAUAUCCGGGACGCACUUUUGCCCAUGGUCAACACAUCCCGAGCCGGUUGAUUCUAGUUUCGUCCCAAUCGCAAAAC